AUGGAUCUUUUCAUUCAGGUUCUCGGAUUCAAUGACACAUAUAUAUGGCUUACGGAUGAUAAGCCGAGCCAGAAGAAAAGAGGAAAUCUUCGCUUAACGAAGGACCUUAAUGCAAAUUCCAAGAUCGUUUGGGCGGAUCAACAGAAAACUGUGAAACGACUUAAACGUGAUUACAUCUCGUUAGCCGACUUGGAGUCUGAAAAACCUUUAACAAGAGAAAAGCGUCUGCAAUUAAACGCAUACGAAGCUGCAUCAAAUGCCGUUAAUAGCGAAGAGGAAAAUUACGAUGCUGCCCAUAGAAUAUUUAAUGACGAGCUUUGGGAUCAAGAAUGGUAUCUGCAAGAUACGAAGACCGAAAAAGCUUUGCCGAAGCUCGACUUAAACGUCCUGCCUCUCUAUCGACGAGGGAUAACCGGUCGUGGAGUAAGGAUUGCUAUUCUCGACGAUGGUUUAGAAUACAAUCAUGAUGAUCUGCGGAGCAAUUACGUACGUAAUAUUUGCUUCGAGUUCUCUCUUCAUCUCAUAGAUGACAAGCCAUGUAGCUCAAAGAUUUGGAAAAACGCUCACGGCACCAAGUGCGCCGGCGAGAUAGCGAUGGAAGCCAAUAACCGAAAAUGCGGUGUCGGUAUUGCCUUCGAGGCGUCUAUCGGCGGCAUUAAGCUCCUUGACGGCCUAAUGAACGAUCGCGUGGAGGGCGAGGCCCUAAGCUAUAAACAAGAACUCAUUGACAUCUAUUCGGCUUCCUGGGGACCGUCUGACGAUGGAGAGACCUUGGACGGACCCCGCAGACUCGCCGGCGAGGCGCUCAAACGCGGCGUAACAGAAGGUCGUAACGGCAAAGGUAACAUUUACGUAUGGGCCUCUGGGAAUGGUGGCAAUUCGGAUGACUGCGGAUAUGAUGGAUAUGUUGGGAGUAUAUACACCGUAGCCGUAGGAUCAGUUAGCCAAACUGGAAAACUUCCUUGGUACGGAGAGAAAUGUCCUGCUGUUCUCGCUACGACAUAUAGCAGCGGCGCGUAUUACGAUCAAAAGAUAGUAACGACAGAUCUAAAGAAUACCUGUACGACCAACCAUACGGGUACUUCAGCUUCUGCCCCAUUAGCCGCCGGGAUAUUAGCUCUCGCGCUGCAAGUAAACAAAAACUUAACGUGGAGGGACGUUCAGCAUUUGAUAGCUUGGUCAUCAGAGUAUAGUCCUCUUGGCCAAAAUCCGGGAUGGUUUAAGAACGCGGCUGGAUUCUUGUUUAACCCGGCUUUCGGAUUUGGGCUUAUGAACGGGGAAGCACUAGUAAUGGCGAGUUACAACUGGGUGACAGUACCGGAGAAGACUAUUUGCGAAGUGGCUAACACCUACGAUAUCGAUAAUGUCAAAAUGGCUUAUGGAAAUGAGAAACAUCUGCUAUUCGAUGCCAGUAACGUUUGUCGAUCAUCGGGGAGUGAAAUUACCUUUUUGGAGCAUGUGGAGAUCGAGGUGAAUCUCGAGUACUCUUGUCGCGGCGCACUAGAGAUAUAUCUGCGUUCGCCAUCAGGUACUUUAGUCCAGAUUCUAAGUUCAAGAAAGCGGGAUAAGUCCAAAGAUGGUUUUAGAAAGUGGAAGUUCAUGUCCGUCGCGACGUGGGGCGAAGACCCUCGAGGAACAUGGAUCUUGUACAUAUUUGACAAAAUAGGCCCGAAGCAAAAUUAUGGUUCUAUUGGAGAAUUUACACUGAUUUUGCAUGGCACCGAGCAAAUUCCAGCCUACCGCAGAAACGGACCGAGAAUUUAUAACGAGGAUUACAUGCAUAAAACUGUAAGUAGUGUCAUAACAUUAGGAAUUUUAUUACACGUUAAAUUCGUUUCAUUAGCAUAUUCGUUUCUGUUUUAGUACGAUGCGGUAAAGCCGAUCGCAAAAAAUUCCGUGCAGUAUAAAUACGACCAAGACGUAGAAUCACCAGAAAUUAAUGACAUUUUGUUUGGACAAUGGUUGGAUUAACUAUUAAGUUUAUGAUAGCCAGCUUUUUAGUUGCCAUUAAAUACUAAAUUAACGACUAAUAUUUGAUUAAGCAAAAUUAAAAAUACUUGAACAAUAUUACUAUGAAUAGUUAGCAACGAUAUUCACAGAUAAACUUAUAUUCAUAUCAACAUUUAUGUAAGCUCAUGCAAUCACAUUUUUAGAAUAAAAUAAUUCUAUUUAAUAUAAAUUCUUUCUUCGUUAUAUCUAUCUUUCAUUCUAACGAUACAAUGUAGUAACAACAAUUGCAAUUUAUUUAUGAGAAUUUGCAAUGUAUUCACGACUGCAUUUUGUUUAUGAGAAUUUGCAUAUAUUAACAGGUGGUUAAUUGCAUUUUGAUAUCAAUAUUAAUGGUAGCAUAAUGAAAUGAUCAGUUUUACCAGUGAAUGUACAUGAAACAAAUGUGUAUAUGUGUGUCAUUCGAGAUACAUAUAUAUCUUUAAUUCGUUACACAAAAUAAAGCUUACUCUCGUAUCCCUUUGUUGCGGCUAAUUGGCUCAUUUAACAAUUAAUGUUACUGGUAAUUAACAUUUCCGAAAUUCAAGACUCUAUGAAACGAGAAAGCAGCUUUCAUACAGGAUAUGCUGUAAAGCGUGAAUUACAACGACCGUAACUGAAAUAGAAAUCAACGUUGACUUUUUUACAAUUAUGUGCAGAGAACAUUAGAUAACUAUCAUUAAACAAUGAUAUAAUUACGCAUAUAUAUUUGUGCUAAUCAAGAUGUCACUUUUAAAGUGUUAUAUAUAUUUUAGCAUAUUUUUGAUAUAUAAAAACCACAUAUAUUUUUGUUCAUCUUAUUUCUUAUCAAAAAACAAACAGAUGGUCAAAAUUUCUUGAAUUUCUAUAAUAUAAUUAAAGAUUUUAUUUCUUUCUGUGUUAAAAGCAUAUACAUAAUAGAAGAAUAUUUUCUUUAGAAAUUCUCAAUUUGAAUUUUCCGAGAAACUCAUUUCCCGAAAAUGUUCGCUUUAGAUAUACAAUCUUUUAUGCACCAUCUUAAGAAUCUACAUAUACUUGGUCUUGCAAUUGUGAAAUGUCGUAUAGAUCCAAGGAUAUAUACAGAUGUUUCUUUUUACACACACCAACGAUUACCAUAAGAAACCAGCAGAAAAAGAAGAUGGAUAAAUUGGGUUUACAAUUUGAAUCAUUUUUACAAUACGUAACAUCUAAAUUUUGCGAAUUCAAUGGGAUGAAACACGUAUAUGUAAAAUUAUAUUAAAUAUGUUUUUACAAAAUUUAAAUUUUAUAUAAGCAAUGAAAAAUCUCAAAUUUUUAUUUUAUGAUGAACU